AUGAAAAAACAAUCAACUAUUGAUGGGUUUUUUAAAAGAAAACACCAAAGUUCUGAUCAAGAUUCCGAAAAGCCACCGGAGAUCGUUUUGGAUGAAGAUGCCCCCACACUCAAUGUUCCUAAUACUGAUAGUCAUUUCAAAAAACCUCAUCUUGAAAUUAAUGAAAUAGAUCUUAACACACUUGAACGAGAUCCUGGUUUGCUAUGUUGGUGUGCCUUUCAAGGAGUUGCAUAUAGAGGCCACAAUGAAGGAUUAGAUUCCAUAAACAAAGGAAAUUUUCGUAAAAUGUUGAAGGCAAUUGGCGAUUUUAAUACGGAGAUGAAAGAAUUGUUUCGUACUGCUCCUAAAUAUGCAUCAUAUAUAUCACAGUCAAUUCAAAAAGAGGUUCUAAACCUUAUAUCAACUAGGGUGAAGAGGAUGAUUUGUGCGGAUGUUGAUGGUGGAAAAUUUUGUUUAGUUGUUGAUGAAGCACGUGAUCAGUCUAAUAAAGAACAAAUGUCAAUUGUUUUGAGAUUUUUAAAUAAAGAUGGCUUUGUUAUGGAGCGUUUCUUUGGGCUUGUUCAUGUACCUGACACUACAACACAAACGCUUAAGAAUGCAAUUUAUUCUGUAUUGUCACAUAAUAAUCUUGAUCUUAAGUCAAUUCGAGGGCAAGGGUAUGAUGGUGAAAGCAAUAUGCAAGGUAAUUUCAAGGGUUUGCAAGCAUUGAUUUCAAAUGAUUGUCCAUUUGCGUAUUAUGUUCAUUGUUUUGCCCAUCGAUUGCAAUUAGCAUUAAUAGCCGUUUCACGAGGAGUUGUUGCAUUACAGAAGUUUUUUACUCGAUUAUCUUUUGUUGUCAAUGUUGUUGGUGCUUCCUCCAAGCGUGCCGACCAACUUAGAGAUGCACAAGCCGAGGAAAUUUCAUAUAAGAUUUCUAUUGAUGAGUUAGAGACGGGUAGAGGUCUUAAUCAAAUUGGUACAUUACAACGAGCUGGUGAUACUAGAUGGAGUUCUCACCUCAAAUCAGUUUCGAACUUAAUCAAAAUGUUUAGUCCAACUUGUGAGGUUUUACUUAAAAUUAUUAAAGAUGGCACCGGUUCAAUCAAAGGCGAUGCGAAUUCAGCAUAUGAGGCUAUUACUACAUUUGAGUUCAUUUUUAUUCUUCAUCUUGAGAAAGAAAUAAUGGAGAUAACGGAUUUACUUUGUCAAGCUUUACAAAGACCAUCUCAAGAUAUUUGUAACGCAUUGAGGCUAGUUGCAUCUACCAAAUUGUUAUUACAAAAAAUGAAAGAUGAAAGAUGGGAUGGUUUGCUCUCUCUUGUUAUGUCAUUUUGUCAGGAACGCAACAUUGAUAUCCCUGAUAUGUCUUCUCCAUACUUUAGUAGAGGGGCUCGAGCUCGUAACGAGUGUAGUGAUCAUACACUUGAACAUCAUUACCGAGUGGAUAUAUUUUUUGAAGCAAUUAAUUGUCAAAUAAUGGAACUCAAUCAUCGAUUCAAUGAUAGCUCAACGGAGUUGCUUCGACUCUCAACAACUUUAGAUCCUAAAAGUGUUGAUGAGCCUUUUCGAAGUGGUGAUAUAAUUAAGUUAGUAAAUAAGUUUUAUCCUGAAGAUUUCAAUGAACAAGAGAAAGUAGUUUUGAAGAUACAACUUCAACAUUAUGAGAUUGAUGUCGUUCAACAUGCAUAUUAUAAACUAUUGACAUCUCUGGACCGAACUUGUAAUUUACCCUUAGGAGACGCCUUUCGUCCAAAUAACGGUCUACUUUCUGGAGAUACGCCGGAAACCUCCUCUUCCUUUCCUUAUCUUCCGAUAGAUGCGGCCACAACCGAUUUCCCUCCCUCUGAAUACAAUUACGAGUUCAAACCGCCAUUUCACUAUGCAACUUCUUCUUCUUCUACUCAAAAUCCCUCAAUUCUGCGGAAAACAUCCUCGACCAUGGCUGCUCAGUGGCUCUUCUGCAACGCUCUCAUUGCCCUCCUCAUCCUCUUCAUUGCUCCUCAUUUAUCAAAAUCAGAUGAUAGCUCAACACAGUCACCAGGUUUUGCUUAUAGUUGGAUGGAUGAUGAUGAUGAAUUUUACCCAGGUGAUAUUGCAACGAUUAAGGUUAAAAUAUUGGGGAAUUACAACAGUGAGGAAUACAAAUACCCUUUUAAUCCGAACAUCACAGUGAAUGGCUCAAUGGGGAACAGUAGUUAUGUUACUGAUGUGCAUUCCGAUUUUGGCAAUGAUACGAACAACUGGCGGAUUCUUUUUAAGCCAAUCAUGGUUGGAGUUUUCUACAUGGUUAUUGAUGAUGAGCAUUUCAGAGUGCAUGACAACUCUUUGCAUUUCCACGUUUCACCAGCUGAUUCGUAUAUACCUCCUCAUUUUAUGUUUCGUUGGCUGAAUUCGAAGAGUGAGUUUCAGGCAGGUGAUACUGCAACUAUUCAGGUUAUAGUAUCUGAGAAUUUCAACACCAAGACAUACAAACACCCUUUUAAUCCCAACAUCACAGUGAGUGACUACGAUGGAAAGAAUGAGAAGAUGGGAAAUAGUAGUUACAUUACUGGGCUUUUUUCCAAUUUGGGCCCUGCUAUGAACAAAUGGGAGUUACAUUUUAUUCCAAUUAUGGUUGGGACGUUCCACGUGCUUAUCAGUCAAGAAAAUCUCAAUGUGUCUGACACCUCUAUGUCUUUCAUUGUUACACCAGGUAAAAUUUAUAGACCUGGUGGGAUUGUGUCAUGGAUGGGUGGAGUCAAUCAUUUUGCAUUUGAGGCAAAAGCUGAACUCUUGAUAAUUCCUAAAGAUGCAUUUGGGAACAAUCUUACAUAUAUAAGUGAAAAUUGGAGAAUUCACUUUUUUGAUUUAUCUGCUACAGAUGCAAAAGGUGAGAAUGCAUAUUUGUGGAAUUUGCAGCAGCCCGGAUGGAGUAGAUUUGGUGGUUUCGAGGCUUGGUUUAUUGCAACCAUAUCAGGAAAUCUCUUACUUCACGUAAAAGAUAAAAACCAAGACUUGAUUGGAUCCCCGUUGACUUUCACGGUUGACCAUGGACCACUUGAUGUUGGUAACUGUGUGCCAGAUUGGACCAUUGAAUCAAAAUCUUUUCAGAUCUUUUCCACUAUGGAAACAUUUAUAACUCAACGAGAUAAAUUUGGGAACCUUGUUCCAGAAUUUUAUCCAUUUGAUUUUGAUGUUAUUGGUAUGAAGGAAAAUUUGUCUUUGCCUAUUGGUGAUGUGCAAUUUCAGGAAGUGGCUCCAGGUGUUCAAUCAUUAUCUUUCAAAUUACUUAUAGAUGGGGAUUUUACACUCAUCAUUACGGAUAAGGAUAAGAAACAACAGAUCAAGGAUAUGCCACACGAAUAUAGGGUCUAUGUUGGGUAUUGUGAUGGAAUGAAGAGUAUUGUUAAUGGAUCUGGUUUACAAAACUCUGUUGCUGGAGAAGUUUCAAAAUUUUCUAUCUUCUUAAGGGAUAUUUAUGACUAUCCUUCACCAUUCAACUUAAUUACAAUUCGAGUAGAAAUCACAUUGCCUUUAAUCUCGCUUGAUGUGGAUCCACACAUUUAUCCAGUGGAUCCUCACAAUGGUGAGAAUGAGGAAUGGGAAAGAUGGAAUAGCGACUUUGAGGUUUUUUAUACACCUGAAAAGAGUGGGUUGUAUGAGAUUCGUGUAUAUUGUGGCAGCGUUCCACUGAAUGGAGGAAAUCCAUUUACAAAGUUUGUAAGUCCAGGCAAGGUCAAUGCAUCCGUAUCAAGAGUUGUAAAAUAUGAAUCAAGAGUCUCAAACACGGUUUUACAUGGUGUAGAUGUGCAACUGAUGGAUUCUUUUUCUAAUCCAGUCUUGAUAAAAGCAUCAGAAUUGUCCAAAUUGACACUGGAUCCUGAUGAAAUCAACAGAUCAUUUUUUAUGGUUGUAAUGUUUGUAGACAACAGGGAUGGGACAUACACUGGCUUCUACAUGCCAAUGAUUCUUGGAACAUACAAGAUAUGUGCUUCAUUUGAAGGAAAGAGUAUCCCCCCAUGUCCCUUUGAGGUGACUACUUACAAAAGGGAGGACCUUCCUAUAGCCUAUGGUCUUGAUGUCUCUGUUUGGGAGGAUGAAUCCAUAGUUUUUAAUGUUCUAGUAAACGAUUACUUUGUUGGUGGAAAGGCAAAAGUUGUUGAAUAUCAACAGCCAGGUCAUGGUUCACUUUUGCAGCAUGGAGAUCUGUUUAUAUACACUCCAUUUAAGAGAUUUUAUGGAAAUGAUUCAUUUCCAUACUCAAUGUCAGAUGCAAAUGGCAACAAUGCUUCUUCUCAUGUAAACAUAUUUGUCGUCUGUAUUCCCCCACAGUUUGUUUCUUUUCCACCUCAAUUGCAGGCAGAUGAAGAUAUCUUCAGUCCUAAAUUUGGUGGCUAUUCAGGGUUUGAGAUCACAUAUUCGGAUUCAACAGAGAACAUCUCUAUUAUGUUCACUGCACAACAUGGAUCAUUCUCUCUCUCUCCUCUACUGAUGCAACUUUGGGAUCCCAUGUGGAAGGAGAUUACAGUCACUAAAAUGGAAGGAAGGUCUAAAGAAUUGAUUAUAAGUGGUCGUUUGGAAGCUAUCAAUUUUGCCAUUAAAUCACUCAAAUACAUCGGGGAGGGGAACUUCAGUGGUGAAGAUACUCUUAGGGUUACCACCAUGAACAAGCAUGGGAAGCAUGAUUGGGAUAUUCCAGUCAUUGUCAACCCAAUCAAUGAUCCUCCAUUUAUUAAUGUCCCUGAGUUCAUCAUGUUGGAGAAUGUGACAGAAGAUGAAGGCUUCUUGAUCUUUGAUAGACAACGAGACAAUUUUAACUUCUCUAUUGGGGAUCCGGAUCAUCUUCACUUUACAGGAAAUAAGAGUCACUUCCGCUUGAUGUUUUCUGUGGAAGUUAGUUCAGGGUAUUUCUCAGCAAACCUUCCAGCUGAGCUUACAAGCACAACUGAAUUAAAGUUAAAGAAUGGCAACAGCAAUCAGUGGCAACCCCUUCUAACAUUUAUUGAAAUCUCAAGACGUUUUUCUCUCAAAGCAAAAGCCAUUAGAUUCAGGGGAACUAUUGAAGAUUGCAACACUCUCCUCCAACAAAUCCUUUAUCAUGGGGAUGAGGAUGGUGGGGUGCUUACAGUGAGUGUUAAUGAUAUGGGGUGGUAUGGAUGUUAUCCAGAAGAUUGUCAAGAGAUGAUGUCAGCGCCUCUUAUUUCUGAGGCCACCAUAAACUUGAUAAGAAAGAUGCCCGUGGAUCCGGUCAUAGCUCAAUCUCUUAUGUCAGCGAUUGUGAUCGAAGCCAUUAUACUCACAUUAUUGGUUGCGUUACUAAUAUUUUUCACAUGUAAAUGUGUAUUUGUCCUCCUACACAAAAAGAUCAAAAAUCAACCUCAACCUCAAUCUCAAAAUUUACAUCACAUGUCAAGUACAAAAGACUCAUCUGAUACUAUAACUGGACAGCCUUCUGGCUUAUCUAAACAGUUGAAUGAGGAAUCAAAAUUGGGCUAAGUGUUGAUUCUCACACGUCAUUCCCAUUUGGAGAAAAUUAGUGGAACUCUAUCUGUAACCGUAUUUUUCCAACUUCUUUUGGUAUGUAUGUAUGUAUAUAGUCUUUAAAUCAGUUAAUUGUGGAGAUAGUGAUUUCAAAUCCUUGGUUUGGAAGCAUAUGUGUAACAUCUUACACAUAGCUCCUUGUUAACACUUCCGUAUAUUAAAAUAUUAAAACGUAUCUUUAUUUUUUUAUGUAAUUACUUCUACUUCUAUAUAAGAUCGAUGAGGUUCAUGUGUGUAA